GAGAGGGGGAGGGCUUUGGAGGGUAAAAGGGACAGAGGGGUUGUAUUUUUAUAAACCAUGUGUUCCCCUGCACGUCUGACAGUGAUAAAGUAGAAAGGCUCCCAGAGCAGAACUGGUGUGCCUUUCAAAGACAAAAGAAAGUGACGCAGACUCCACCAAGGGGCUCAAAUGGACACAAAGAGCAAAGAAGAGGAGAACACUUUAAUUCAAAAACUACUUAAGGUCUCAUCAGGAGGACAAAUGGACAUGGAUUUAAAGACUGAAAACUCCUCAAAUGGCUUCUCAACACAGAUCAACUUGGAGAAGUUGCAAAAGAUGGCUGCAGAGCUGAUACUGCUGGGAAAAUUCCUCGUGAGACUCCUGAAUGCUGCUCUGGUGUUUGUAACAAACUUGCUGGCCAGGAUGUUAGGGAGCAAGCUGGUGAGAGGACACUUCCACCUGAUGCUGUCUGCGUUGCUGCUGUUUGGUCCUGUGCUCAGCCUCUGGGUGCCAAGGUACAGCAUCUUCGCCAACAGCAACAACUACCUGUACAGGAAGUUCUUGAAGUCUACUUGGGGCUGGACCUGCAUCUUCUCAGGUUCCUUCAUCCUUCUCCUCUCCAUCUCAGCCCGUCACCCCCGCUCCCUCCUCCUGCGCCACCUCUCCCGGAUCGUUGUGGUAGGGCUGCUCUUGUGUGUCUGUCACCGUCUCCUCGCCCUGCUGGAGGACGCAUCAGGAACAUGUUAUGAACCUUUGAAAGGCUCCUCGGUACAGCUGCUCCUGCAUGAAGACUGCACAAAGCUCUCCUGCCUCAGAGCCAACAUGGUGUGGAGAGGUUACGAAGUGUCCCAGGACGUCCUCAUCGUCUGCUUGUGUUGCCUGCUGCUUGUGGAGGAAAUGUCUGUCUUUGGUCCUUACCUUGCUCAAACAAAGAUGUCGCCAGGAGCCCCUUUGAGGUUAAUCUUCCUUCUGUGUGUAGUCCUUCUCUCUCUAUGGAUGUUCCUGCUUCUGUGUUUGCUUGCACACUUCCCAAAGUUCCCGGCCCAGCAUCUAGGAGGAGCUCUGGGCUACCUGGGAUGGAGGGGCCUCUAUCAGGGGUGGUACAGACUCAAACCCAGCUGGGGCUGUCCUGCUUUGCCGGGAGAGGGGCUUUUUACCACCACGGACAUCCACAAACAGCCUCAGUAGUUUGAAAAGCAUUAAUAGAUCAUGUUUUAGGGACAUGACAGACCUUUAAAGCUCAGGCUCAAGUCAAAAUGGCUUCCGUUUAGGGUUGUCAGAGAUGAAACACCAAAUAACUCUUGGCACCAUAUCAAUAGGCAAAUGACUUAUUAGGCCUGGUGAUAAUUUUUGCAUUCACAGGAAAUUGUGCCAUUAGUCCUGAAUGCUUGUAUUCUGCACCCUUAGCAUAGAGUAUGAUGCAAAAAAAGACUUUAAACUAAAUUGAUAGGUACAAGGGUUUUUAAGUCACAUGGUAAAAAAACAAAACGUACUUUCUAAACCCUAUAAUUGUUUUUGGUUCCAUUAUAUUUGUGUUGCUGCCUGUCUUGUCCAGGUCUUUCUUUAAAAAGAGAUUCUUGAUCGCAAUUGGACUCCUGAUUAAAUAAAAUAAGAAAAUGUAGGUCAAUGUUUGUGUGAAACCAGAGUUCAAAUUCCCAUUCGGACAAACAUGAGAGCAGACAAAGUAUCGGAAUAUGUUGCUUUAUUUUGUAAUCUGAACCAAAAGGGAGGCACAAUGAAAAAAAGAAGACAUUUUUGUCAGAGCGGGUGUAAUGUUACUUGAGUGUCACACAACACUGGUUGCAUCUUGUUAGAGAAGCCUGGGAGUGUGCUGCAGUCUCAGUAGAUGAGAGCCUUUCCGUCUCCUCUGGGCUUCUUAAUCUUGUCAUAGUUCUUGUUAAUGAUGUCGAACAGCACAGCCUGCAGAGGGAGAUACAGCGAGACACAUCAGUGGAAAUGGUGCGCGAGAAAGAAGAUAUUAGAAAGAUGGACGACGUGUGAGAGAGACAGAAAGGUCAGAGGCAGUAAUAAAAAGAGAGGGAGACGAUCAGAUCCAGAGCUAUAAUCACGUCAAACAGCUCCUUUCAUCAUCACCUGUACCGCCUUGUUCAUUAACAGCAUCAAACACAGGAGGACAAUAGCCAGAGGAAGGAGACAAACACUGAUUAAUGGAUUCGGGAUGGAGCACCAAUCAAUUUUACGAAAGCACAGCAAUUAGUUUAAUUACCCUCCUAUUAAGAAGGAACGGAUUCCAUUUAGCCGCCGGGACAAGACUGGAAUAUUUUAUAGAUUGCGGGUAGUUUUAUAUUUAAAGUGCAGAGCGUGAUGACAACAGAUGGAAUAUUAACGUUGAUAAAUGUGAUUUACAAUAUUCAGAUGACACGGACCGUAAUGACGUCAAAUGAUCAACAGUUGCUUUUUUAAUGCAAUUUUCUAUCUGAUCCAUUUCCAGAUUUCUCUACACUGACAAAUAUAUUAAACGGAGUCUUACAUAUGUGUUGCGGAUGUCCAGGACUGCAAGGCGGAGCUCACAGUACUGAUACCGAUCCAGCUCAUGGACCAGCUGUCUGUAGUCUCCCUGCAGCAGAGAGCACAAGACAGAGUUUAUAAGCAGAAACACACGGAACAUGGCUCAUCCAGGAAUGUGUUUGACAAAUGACACACAGAAGCACAAAUACAUGUUUCUUAAACCACUCUGACAACAGACUAAAAUAGAUACUGACCACGUGGUUUUGUUUGGAGGCUUUGGCCACAGCAUCACCUCUCUCACUGUAAUAUCUAAUUUAGAGCAGAAAGAAAAGUUUAUAACAUUCAUAAACAGGCCUAAACAUCUUUUAAAUCACUUAAUGUUCCCAGUAAUUGUUCAAACAUUUAAAAAUGGUGAUAUCUAAUUGUGAUUGAAGCAAAUCUGUAACAUGCGGAUCAGUGGCCACUGCAGCUAAAAGUGACAGUUAUGGGAGAGUGCUAAAUACUAGUUUGGCGUUUAGCUAAAAUGCUAAGCUAACACAUCCACACCGAUAAAACAAUAUAUUUGUGUGACUGUACUUUUUCUUUAUCAUUUUAAUAAAUAAAAAUGGUCAA